GCACGCUUGGACCGCACACCUGUUGAUAGACGAGGCCGAGAAAAUCAACACGAAAACAUUAUGGAACAUCCCACAGCACGAGCGUAAUUCUUGGCGGCAACGCGGCAGGCCAGUAGGUGCCCGGCUGCCUCCCGCGCCGCACGCAGGUUCAGCGGGUCCCUGGCACGGCAUUCGCCCCUCAACGUCUACGGUUAAGCCUUUCUGUGGUGAUCAUCACAGUUAACUGGUGGCGAGAGCACACGCCUUGCUUGAUGCUGAUGGAAAUCAAAACGUGAAGAUAUUUUUGGCGGAUUGGCCCGACCUUCGGCGAUGCCCGGGGAUGGAAGGUGACGAAGACCCGCGGAUGCGCGCCCUGACGACGGUCCCGCGGGCGGUUCGGCGACGGCAUCGGCAUCGGCUGGCGGCGCUGCUGCUCGGCGUCGUCGCCCUCUGCCUGUCGCACCAGCUGCUGCUGCUCGCCCUCGAGUACCGCGAAUACAUCUACGCCCUGCUGCCUGAGCCCCCACUCCCUGUGCAGCGAAGGGAAGCGGCGACGAACAGCCACAGACAGCCAUCAGACAGACAGCCUUCAGACCGACAGCCAAGGAUCCUGUGCCUGAUCGUGACGUCACCCAAGUACCACGACACGCGAUCGAGUCACGUGGCGGCCACCUGGGCACGGCACUGCACGCGGGCGGUGUUCCUGAGCACCGCCGGGGACUCGCGCCUUCCCGACGUCUUCAUCACGCCCGGGGCCGCGUCCUACCAGGAGCUGUGGGGCAAGGUCACGCAAGGGUUCGAGUGGGCCUACGGGAACCGCCACGACUUCGACUGGGUGGUGAAGGCGGACGACGACACUUUCCUGGUCGUGGAGAACCUGCAGGCAGCGCUUCUCCGCCUCGACCCCGACCGGGCGCUGGCCACGGGCGUCCAGCUCAGGACCUGGGACACAGGCUCAGCGUACUUCAACGGUGGAGCUGGCUACGUGCUGAGCCGGGGAGCCGUGCGCAGGCUGGUGGAGGACGGCCUCAGGGGAAGGCGCUGCGGGGAGAACCUCAACCUCGGCGCCAACGAGGAUGUCAACAUGGCGCUGUGCCUCGCUCAUUUGGGUGUCGUGUUCUUGGACUCACGUGACUCCCUCGGGCGACAGCGGUUCCACAUGUAUCCUCCUCAUGAACUCAUUGAUCCACGCCAAGCCAACAGCAUAACGCACCUGUGGCUGAAGCGGCAGUCGGUUUUUCCUUACAAGUUUGGAUACGCUGAACUCAGUGACGAAGCGAUCAGUUUCCACUACGUUGACGCGCGCUCAAUGUACCUUCUCUACUAUCUUGUUUACGUCGUCAACCCGAACAACCAAGUCACUCCCAUCAACCAGAUCGACCGAGGAGGUCAGGUCAAAGGGAACAAACGUGUUAAGGAAAAUAAGCGAGUCAACUUAUCUGCGAGUGACAAGUGAAGUGAAAGGAAAGGAAAAACAGAAUAAAGAAGGUUAAACUAUGAAGGUGUUUGGUUUGUCUUCAUUUCAUUAAAUGGAAGUGGAGAGCAAAGUCAUAUACUAAAAGAAAAGAAAAGAAAAGAAAAGUAAAGAAAAAAACGCAAAUAAACAAAUAUUUGACUGAAAACAGCAAAAAUAUUGUGAAAUAUGAUUAUCUUAGGAAACACAUUUUAUAUUUCCUUCAGAUAAAGAAAAUGGAUCUACAUGUAAUAUAUUCAUCAACUAAAGAUAUUCUGAAAUUCAAAUGGAAAUAGAAAUAUAAGUAUAGUGAUAUUAUAAGUGAUAUUAAAAGUGAAUAUACGAAAAAAA